CCUGCGCGGUGGUACGUGGCCCGGUCUGUCGUGGAGGUCAGCGGGAACGGCCUUGCCAAGGCGUGUGUGCGUACUUCCUAUUUUAGGAGAUGGUAUUUUCUGGAUUUGGAUUGAAGGGUUCUAGAAUUUUAGACUCUGCUUGAAGAUCAAGGAGGACAGAAAACUAUUCUGCUCCUCAAAAGCCUGCUUUGCGUAAAUGAAAAGAUAACUGCUUUGUGAGAAGGGAAGUGGUGGUUCUAGCUCAGGCAGGUAACUUGGAGUAAGCAGACUUUGGGAAGUGUAUUUCAAGAAUCUUUCAAAACAGAAACAAAAGGAAGUCAUGGAGAAGAAUGGAAACAACCACAAACUUCGUGUUUGUGUUGCUACUUGCAACCGUGCUGAUUAUUCAAAAUUAGCUCCCAUUAUGUUUGGUAUUAAGGCAGAACCACAGUUCUUUGAGCUUGAUGUCGUAGUGCUUGGUUCCCACCUGAUUGAUGAUUACGGUAAUACCUAUCGUAUGAUUGAACAAGAUGACUUCGAUAUUCAUACAAGAUUGCACACCAUUGUGAGAGGAGAGGAUGAGGCAGCUAUGGUGGAGUCAGUGGGCCUUGCAUUAGUCAAGUUACCAGAUGUCCUGAACCGCCUGAAACCUGACAUAAUGAUAGUUCACGGGGACAGAUUUGAUGCUUUGGCCCUGGCCACAUCUGCAGCCCUGAUGAAUAUUCGCAUUCUUCACAUUGAAGGUGGGGAAGUCAGUGGGACCAUUGAUGACUCUAUCAGACAUGCUAUAACCAAACUGGCCCAUUACCACGUGUGCUGCACAAGGAGUGCAGAGCAGCAUUUGAUAGCCAUGUGUGAAGACCAUGACCGCAUCCUUUUAGCAGGCUGUCCCUCAUAUGACAAGCUUCUCUCUGCCAAAAAUAAGGACUUCAUGAGUAUUAUAUGCAUGUGGCUAGGUGAUGAUGUCAAAACCAGAGAUUAUAUAGUUGCUCUGCAACAUCCUGUAACCACAGAUAUUAAACAUUCCAUAAAGAUGUUUGAGCUGACACUAGAUGCGCUCAUCUCCUUCAACAAGAGAACACUUGUUCUAUUCCCUAAUGUGGAUGCAGGAAGCAAAGAGAUGGUUCGGGUGAUGAGGAAGAAGGGCAUUGAACAUCAUCCCAAUUUUCGGGCAGUAAAGCAUGUUCCAUUUGACCAGUUCAUUCAGCUAGUUGCUCAUGCUGGUUGUAUGAUUGGUAACAGCAGUUGUGGUGUCAGAGAGGUGGGAGCAUUUGGUACACCUGUCAUCAACUUGGGGACACGUCAGACAGGAAGAGAAACAGGUGAAAAUGUUCUUCAUGUUCGUGAUGCUGAUACGCAGGAUAAGAUUCUGCAUGCUCUACAGCUGCAGUUUGGUAAACAGUAUCCAUGCUCAAAAAUAUACGGAGAUGGUAAUGCUGUUCCAAGGAUUUUGAAGUUCCUCAAAUCUAUUGACCUCAAAGAGCCAUUGCAAAAGAAAUUCUGUUUUCCUCCUGUCAAAGAUAAUAUAUCUCAAGAUAUUGACCAUAUUCUAGAGACACAGAGUGCUUUGGCUGUGGAUCUAGGUGGAACAAAUCUCCGAGUAGCAAUUGUCAGUAUGAAGGGUGAAAUAGUUAAGAAGUAUACCCAGCUCAACCCUAAAACUUACGAAGACAGACUAGAAUUAAUUCUAAAGAUGUGUGUAGAGGCUGCAUCGGAGGCAGUAAAUGUGAACUGCAGAAUUUUGGGAGUAGGUAUUUCCACAGGGGGACGGGUAAACCCCCGAGAAGGAAUUGUGCUUCACUCUACAAAACUCAUUCAGGAGUGGAGCUCUGUGGAUCUCAGAACUCCAGUAUCUGAUGCUCUGCACCUGCCAGUCUGGGUGGACAAUGAUGGAAACUGUGCUGCUCUAGCAGAGAGGAAAUUUGGUCAUGGAAAAGGAAUAGAAAAUUUUGUAACACUCAUUACUGGUACAGGAAUCGGAGGUGGAAUCGUUCAUCAACACGAAUUGAUCCAUGGCAGUUCUUUUUGUGCUGCUGAGCUUGGGCAUAUUGUUGUAUCUUUAGAUGGACCAGAGUGCCUGUGUGGUAGCCAAGGAUGUAUUGAAGCAUAUGCCUCUGGAAUAGCAUUACAGAGAGAAGCUAAGAAACUGCAUGAUGAGGAUCUGCUUUUAGUAGAAGGAAUGUCAAUGAAGAAGGAGGAGGUUGUUAGUGCUGCACAUCUCAUUCAAGCGGCUAAACUUGGGAACACAAAAGCAGACAGCAUUCUCAGAACAGCUGGGACAGCAUUAGGUCUUGGAGUUGUGAACAUUCUGCACACCAUGAACCCCUCUCUUGUGAUCCUUUCUGGAGUUCUAGCUAGCCACUAUGUUAAUGCUGUCAAAGAUGUGAUAAAUCGACAGGCUCUGUCCUCUGUUAAAACUGUGGAUGUGGUGGUCUCAAAUCUAGCAGAUCCUGCUCUUCUUGGAGCUGCUAGCCUGGUACUGGAUUAUACUACACGUAGAAUAUACUAGGUACCUGGAAGAAUUAUAGAAAUGGACUAUUCAGAUUCCUAAUGGGUGGAGGGAAUACUUUGCCCAAAAUUUUUCUUUGAUGAGAGCAGCUACUGAAUCAGAGUAGUGUUCUGAAUUGUUAGUGACUACUUCAGCAUUUCAUAAUUGAGGUAUUAUCUUUUUGUAUUUUUCCUAAAUUUCAUCUGACUUCAUAGGAACUAAUGUGCAAUUCUGUUGUUUUUAAUCACCUCUUGUAAACCUGUAUGUUGCUUUAAGUGCAGCUGAAUUAUUUAUGAGCAUAUCUUCAUGUAAGGUGGGGAAUAUGGGUAUGGUGUGUCAAAUUAGAGCUAACAUUUGGGGAUCCAUAUCUCAUUUCCCACCUAUGUGAAAUGAGAAGCCUACAAUGUGACCAGCUUUUCAGUUUUCAGGCUUCCACCCACAAUGUAAGUAUGAUGUAAUCACCAAUAGCAGGUAGUAAUUUCAGUGGGUGGAAACGAGGGAAGCUGCCUCUACAAUCAAAAAGGCUGCACCUAGAAGUUGUGGUUCAUGAAGGACUUGGUGGAGGCAGUUACUUAUUACAUCAUCUUUAGAGGGCAGAGUCCCAUUUUAGAAGCUUUGCAUACGAAGGAAAAAGAUCAUGGUCUUUUCAAGAUCUCGGAGCUUACAGCCUGCAGAGCAGUCCAAACAAACUGACAAGUGUAGCAGUGAGCAUCUUUGUCUUCUGGCUAUGGCCAAUAGUAAAUUGUUUCAAUUUUAUUGUUUGGGGUUUUCUCAAGGGACUUCAUCUACUACUUUGUCUGCCAAAUCAGCAGAGAGGGGACUGUUUAUUCUUUGGUAGCCAGUUAGCUGAAAUUCAGCUAUAUGUGAUGCAUAAAGACUCUACCUUUCAAGAAAUCUCUUCCACUGCAGAGUGACAUAGUGCAUCUCCCCAGCAGUUCUGGUGGCUGCAGGUACACUGUUCUUUUCCUGCAUUCACCAUCAGCUUGCAGGAUGAAGAGUCAAAUCUGAGCCUCAUCCUCAUCUUCAAGACAUUCAGAA